CGGUGAAACAGACACAUCGCAUCGCACCAAUUGCUAGGAACAAUAAGGAGCACMACAAGCACCAGCAAGAACAGCAAGAACCACGGCGUCAGCUUUCCCGUGCCUGUUCCACUUUCGACUGAGUUUGAUACGAUUCGAUUCCGCCCCGUUUCGAAUGCCCAGGAUCUCGCACUUAGAUGACGACGGGACCCGCGUCGUGUCCGAGGACGACGGCUAUCGCGGGUCACCGGCAAUGUGGUCCAUUUACUCGGAGGCGAACUCCCUGGCCGACUCUUGCGGCAUCGAAGGCAACGACAACGCCGGUUUGAAAGCCCCCCCCCCAGGGAACGGAACCGGCCCACCCGAACCCCUCCCGGGGGAUCGAGUGGGGUUGCCCGCGGCCGGCGGAGCCCGUAGAACGAGCCACGAGAACGCCAAACCGACCGGCAACGGAGAGAUCAAGAACCACAGCAGCACGAACAUUGACCGCGACAGCAACAGCAACAGCACCAACACCAACACCAACACUAAUACGAACGAGCUCAACGACAGCAACAGCAUUGACCUCAACCACGGCGAUAGCAAACAAAAAGAUGGCGGGCUUCUUCGGCCCAUCCCGAAAGACCUCAGGAACUUCCUAGAUGUUCCUAAGGGAGGGUACUGGGAAAUCCGGAGUGGUGACAGCAGCGAUUCCAAGGCAGCUGUGACGGAAACUCGCCUAUCCUCGUUGAUGUACGAUGGCGUCAAGACGAGCAGGAUCCGCAAAACAACGACUCGCUACGGGUGUGAAACUGCAACUGCAAGCACAAGUGCCACUACAAAGGCAAGGAAAACUAAAAGGGGAAAGAAGCGGGGUACGAAACGGAGCUACUCCCGUGCCGAGACUGCAUGGAAGCGCGGGAAUUGGUGCUUUUUGGACGAUGCCAAAGAGAACAGCAGGACAAUCAGAAGCAGCAUCCACACCCAACCGCUACGCAACAUCGAGAUCGAAGGCUCGACCAGCAGCAGAUGGCACUACAAUCGAAAGAGAACAGCUCGAAAGAGCAACGCCCUCMCCGCUGCCGCCACAACUUCCACCACUGCUUCCACCACUGCUUCCACUGCUGCUUCCACCAUUGGUUCUCGACUGCAAGCGAACGCUGUGCCAGCAAUCCCAAAGAGACACAAGCCAUCGCCUCCCUCUCGCAGCAACGGCAACAUUCAGAGCAGCCCCGGAUCCACAAGGCUCCAACAUUUAGCCAAGAAAGCGAAAACGAGCUCAAGCGCCGCUCCGAACGCAGCAAUGUCGGCCCUCGAGAACGACGCUCCGGCGGCCACAGCUUCCGAAAGCAGCGAGGCCGUGCGGAUCACUCUUUCCGAAUCCAAACCCCCCGCUUUGAAGCCCCGGGAGACCGGCGAUAUCGGCAACCGGUGCGUCCUCCCGGGGAAUUCCGCUCUUGGAACCUCUCUGGCCGGCGGCCCCGCAUGCCAAACGCAACGACAAACACAAGGGCAGGCGUAUGAACAAACGGAAGGGCAGACGUGCGAGCAAAUACAACGACAAGCCAAGUACGAUGCUCUGCAGGAGGCCAUGGACCGGGCCAUGGAGCACUACGGGCAGGACUGGGACGGGGAGACCAUCCUGGUGUGAGGGAUGUGCUGCGAUUCGUUGCGAUGCAAUGGAGUGUAGUCAGGUACAGCACUGGGGUGUGUGUGUGUGUGUCUGUGUUACAGUACAGUCAAUGGAGUGCACUAUACUUCAGAACAGUAAAAUGAAUAGUUCAAA